UUUAGUGUCUGGACGAAACCAAAGAACCCGUAUGUAAACAACCAGAAUAAUGGCGAUGCCCUUAGUCAGGCUCUUCGGAAAGGUUGGUAGGCUUUUGCCCCGGCCAUGGAGUUCUUUCCAGGUGGCUCUGUGCCCCAUGUCCUCACGAACAGUUACGAAUAUCGCCACGGAGCAGGCAGUCAAUACAGGCCCCAUGUUUCCACCACUACAGACCUACUCAGAAGAGGAAACCAUGAUGAGGGAGGCAGUUAAGAAAUAUGCUCAGGAACGCAUUGCUCCAUUUGUGUCCAAGAUGGAUGAAAAUUCUUCCAUGGACACAGAAGUGAUCAGCUCUCUUUUUGAGCAGGGGCUGAUGGGGAUUGAGAUAGGCACAGAGUAUGGAGGCACUGGCUCCUCCUUCUUUUCCUCCAUCCUGGUGAUCGAGGAGCUGGCGAAGGUGGACCCAUCUGUGGCAGUGCUAUGCGACAUUCAGAACACUCUCAUCAACACACUGUUGAUGAACCUGGGCACGGAGGAGCAGAAGGAGAAGUACUUGAUGAGCCUCGCCACUGACAUGGUUGGUAGUUUUUGUCUGUCUGAGGCAGGUUCAGGAAGUGAUGCAUUCUCUUUGAAGACCAAAGCAGAGAAACAUAAAGACUAUUACAUCAUCAAUGGUUCCAAGAUGUGGAUCAGCAAUGCGGAGCAGGCAGGAAUCUUCUUGGUCAUGGCCAAUGCAGAUCCCUCUGCUGGCUACAGGGGCAUCACAUGUUUCAUUGUGGAGCAGAACACGGCGGGCCUUCAAAUUGGAAAAAAGGAGAACAAACUGGGCCUGAGAGCCUCCUCCACCUGCCCCCUCACCUUCGACAACGUCCAGGUCCAUGAGAAGAACAUCUUGGGUAAAGUGGGGCAAGGCUAUAAAUAUGCGAUCGGGAUGCUGAACGGGGGGAGAAUUGGUAUUGCAGCACAGAUGCUAGGUUUGGCUCAGGGCUGUUUUGAUCAUGCUGUUCCCUACACCAAGCAGAGGGUCCAGUUUGGCAAACGCAUCUUUGAUUUUCAGGGAAUGCAGCAUCAGAUUGCCCACGUGGCCACUCAGCUGGAGGCAGCCAGGCUUUUGACCUAUAAUGCAGCUCGGCUGAAGGAGGCGGGGCGACCCUUCAUUAAAGAGGCCUGCAUGGCCAAGUACUUUGCAUCAGAGGUUGCAACGUUAACCACAUCUAAAUGCAUUGAGUGGAUGGGAGGAGUGGGCUUCACAAAGGACUACCCCAUUGAAAAAUAUUAUAGAGACUGCAAAAUAGGCACCAUCUAUGAAGGAACAACCAACAUUCAGCUAACCACCAUGGCAAAGUUGAUUGAUCAGGAGUAUGACUCAUAGACCUCUGCGUUAUCUCUGUGCUGUCAGUGGUUUCCCAUCAUGCCUCUCGGCAAUGUUCUGAAGCUGCUCCAUUAGGUCUUUGCUUCAUAGCUGCACUGACCCAAUCACAUCUCAGCCAUCAGCAGCCUGUAUGUUUAGAGUCUUAGCAAGUGUCUAAAACUAUUUCAAACUGUCUUUUCACUCAUAAGCAAUAUUACUGUUAAACAACAAAAAGACUUCUUGCACAUGCAGUGCAAUAAUGAACUUUUUCUAAUUCACCAUCCGCAGUUUUUCUAGAUCUAACAUAAUGGUGAAACAUGGCUGCCUUUUUGGUACUGGUUAGUGUGCAGUUUUUUAACUAGUGGGCUGUUUCAAAGCAUGAGGGCAGGUUUUGGCACCUGCUGAGGUAGGUGGCAAAUGGCACUGCGGUGCCAGGCCCCACAUAAGCACUCUUCUAAUGUCACUCUGAAUAUGCUGUGGACAGAAUGUUUGGUACACACAUGCAGGCACAAACACACACACAUUUCUGCAGCAAUCUAGAGAAGAUGGGCUUUCUGCUGCAGCAUUGUGUCAUACAUGCAUUUCUGUGUUCAGUUCUGAUUUCUUUUCUGUUUUUUUGUUUGUUUGUUUGUUUUUGCCAUUUAGUUUUAUUUCAUGUGUCUCUCAACACUCCCAAAUAAAGACAGUGAAAAGCUGGCAUUGACAGUAAAGAGUGUGAUUUUCCACAAACAUGGCUGAGAUGGUGGGCUUACAGUUAAGGUGCUUGCUAUAGAACACAAUAUUUGGUAAUUUAAAGAAAUUGCAUUAUUUCAAUGACUGUGGUGUCUUGUAAUAUACUUUCAUGUUAGAUCACUGCAAAAAGAACAAAAUAAAAGUAUAUGAUUGUUGUAAGAUAAGUCAUAUUUGAAAAUUCCACUACUGUCAUGUUUAUGAAUUUGUGUGGCCUACAAAUAAACAAGAUUCCUUGAAA